AUGCUUCAGAUAAUUGUUAUCGGAGCUGGACCUGCGGGCCUGGCAACAGCGCUCCUCCUCCAACGAGAUCACCACAUAUCCUGCACAAUCUACGAAAUCCGGCCCGAACCAAGCACCUUGGGAGGCGCCAUCGGCAUACCGUCCAAUGGUCUGCGCCUCCUCGAUCGUCUCGGUCUGUAUGACCAAGUAGCUGCCAAGGGCGCUGAGACCUCCAGUCUACUUCUACAUUCGCUGAAGGGUAACGUUCUGGGGAGGAUGGACAUGGUCUCCUGGAGCCAAGAGCGGACUGGGUUCAGCUACCUGCGAAUCAGAAGAACCGACAUCAUGGAGGUGCUCCUCAAAGCCGCAGACGCAGCAGGGAUUCAGAUAUACUACGGCAAGAGCCUCAGGCGGAUCGAAGAACGCAACGGAGCCGUUACCGCGUGCUUCAAAGACGGCACAUCAGACACCGCCGACUUCCUGGUCGGAUGCGACGGUAUCCAUUCCUCCGUUCGGAGGCUCUACGUCGACCCGGAGUGCACGCCCGAGUACACCGGCAUAUCGAACGUGUACUCACUCGUCCCGACGGCUAAGCUUCCGCCAGCUGCAGGUUCGAUGGCUGAGCUGAACGCAACCCUGACCUCGGACGGGCUGCUGGCCGUGAGCCCCGCCACGUCCUCCCGUGACCUCUUGUACUGGUUCUUCUCCAGGGAAGUUCCCCUCCCCGCUUUCGGCGACAUCCGCGACGGCUGGGAAGAGCGCGGCAAGAAAGAAGUUGAGGACUUCAAGGACACCCUGCUGGGUCUGCUCGGCGACUCUAAGACUGAGUGGAUCGAGACGCUGCGCGAAAUCGUUUCGAUGACGGAGGUCGUCAAGUUCUAUCCGGUCUACAAACUACCAACCGGGAGGCCGUGGUCCAAGGGGCGCUGCCUCAUCAUCGGCGACGCCGCGCACGCCAUGCCGCCGCACGCAAGCCAGGGCGUCUCCAUGGCCUUGGAGGAUGUCUUUCUGUUCUCGAAACUUCUGGGCAGUGAUUGUGUUUCCCUCGAAGACGGGCUGGGGCAGUACGAGCGGAAGCGUAAAAUGAGAACCGAGCAAAUGUUGAAAACUACGGAACGCAAUGGCCAGGUUCGAAAGAAGAAGGAUCCUUGGCGCCUCAGACUAAAUGAGAUGGUGUUUUCGGGCGGGUUGUGGAUUUAUAAGGCGGCUGGUUUGAGCAAAUUGGGCAUGGGGCAGAAGCUGUUGGCGUAUGAUGUUGAUGAGGAGGUUUUUGAUAGCAACGGGUUACGAGUUGUCAAUGAGAAGGAUUAG